CUACGCAUUCCCGCGCAUGCGCGUUUGGGGCCGCCUGAUUCGAGAGAGGCAUCAUGGCGACGUCCACGCGUUGCAUGAAGUGUGCCUUGGGGAGAGCGAUGUCGCCGUCUUUGGUGGUCAUUUUAGGAGCUACCGGCACCGGAAAAUCAAAGUUGGCCGUUGAGAUCGGAAAACGACUCCGGGGAGAGAUAAUCAGCGCCGAUUCCAUGCAGGUGUACCAGGGUCUCGACAUCAUUACCAACAAGGUGACGGCCAAGGAGCGCGCCCAGUGUCGGCAUCACAUGAUCAGCUUUGUGGACCCGUUGGUUAGCAACUACACGGUGGUGGACUUCAGGAACAAAGCUGUGUCUCUAAUAGAUGACAUGCAUAAUCGAAAUAAAUUGCCUGUUAUUGUUGGAGGAACAAACUAUUACAUUGAGUCCCUGCUGUGGCGAGUCCUACUGGACUCUGGGAAGGAGGAUUCGGGGGAUGGCGGCGAUGGAGACAUCGACAGGAAGUCUGAACUGGAGAAAAUGGGACGAGCUGAAUUACACAAGCGACUGAUGGAAGUGGACCCUGAAAUGGCUGCCAUGUUGCACCCCAACGACAAGCGCAAAAUUGCCAGAAGCCUGCAGAUUCACGAAGAAACGGGCGUUCCUCACAGCUCCUGGCUGGAAGAGCAGCGAGGCCAGCAGGGAGGCGACGGCCUCGGGGGCCCGCUGAGGUACCCGGACCCUUGCAUCUUUUGGCUCCAUGCCGACAUGGAUGCUCUGGACAAGCGACUGGAUGCUCGUGUCGAUCAGAUGUUGUCAGUCGGAUUGAUAGAGGAGCUCAGGGAGUUCCAUGCCCGCUUCAAUCAGCAGAAAGUACAGAAUGACAGUCAGAACUACCAACACGGGAUAUUCCAGUCGAUUGGUUUCAAAGAGUUCCAUGACUACCUGACGGCGCCCGAAAGCAGCACCCAGCAGGAAAGAGACGCACUCCGAAGCAAAGGUGUCGAAGCUUUGAAGGUGGCUACGAGGCGCUACGCUCGCAAGCAGAAUAAAUGGGUCCGUAAUCGCUUCCUUAAACGACCCGGAGACCGCGUGCCGGCAGUGUACGGACUGGAUGUGACAGAUGUGGCGAGAUGGGAGGAGACCGUGCUGAACCCUGCACUGCAGAUACUGGACAGUCUCUGCAAGGGUGAGGAGCCCUCUAUUCCGCCAAUCAGAGUGAAGAGGGUGGAGCUAAGGAACAAACGGAGCCGGCAUACCUGCGACCUGUGCGACAAGGUGAUCAUCGGGGACCUGGAGUGGACCGCUCACCUCAAGUCCAAGAAGCAUCACUUCCACGCCAGGAAGAAGCGCAAGUUCGACGUCGCGAGCAACGACGGUGCGCCGCGUAGCGCUUCGCCUCCCGCCUCGGAUGCCGAAACGACGAACCAUUCGGAAUCCAAACAGGACACUCACGCAGCACACUAAUGAAGCAGCCGUGACAUUUUCAAAAAGAUCCACAGGCUGUCAACUACAAAGUCUAUGGUUGCACUUGGACCCAUUUAUUUAUUUUUGUUUAUUUUUUUCUCCGGUGGAAACACGCACAGCACUACAUUUCUUUGGUGCUGCCCCACAAGA